AUGGGACACCUUGAUCGAAUGGACUGCGACUUGGAUCUGGACCUGGGUUCAAUCUGGAGAGAGUCCCCCAAUAUGCCGAGCCCACCACCCUGUCUCGCAGCCAACCAUCACAGUCUCCGAUUAGUCCGACCUAACACCAUGCCAAAUCAUGCAAGAUACGGCGAGAGGUCCCCCUUCAUCGAAUGCCUAUUCUAUCCUGGCUAUGAGAGCGAAUGCUCCUUCAGCUGGACCGGACCGGACCCCUUGUCCCCUGACACCUGCACCGAUGAUCUGUUCCUCUACGUAUCGGCAUUCUUCAUUCUUGAGCGCGUGGACUGGAUAGAACUACGGCUCAGCAAGCUCAGCAUGGCAACGAAAGAGGUCGUGGAAGAGUACCCGUUUUUUCUGCCACGGGUAGAAUCGAUCCUGGGGAAUCUGCCCAGGGCCCGUGGUCAGAUACAUGAUAUGAUAUUGCAGAGUGGCCAUGUGGAAAGUGUUGGAGAAACCCAAUUUCAACUGUCAAUGUGGCCACGGACUGAGAGUUCACAGAGCCCUGCUAUGCAGGGUACGAUCCCUCCGUCUUACAUUGAGUCUUCCAUGCAUUUAUCAUCACUUGACCCGCAACGUUUUGUGCAAAAUAUAGUAGGAAACUGGGGGACGUGA